UCUCUCUCUCUCCUCUCUGCUGCUAUUCUGGGAAGUGGCGUUUGGAAUAACCCCCCGUGUGCGUACGACUGUGUGUGUGUGCGCGUGUGUCUCCUGAUUUCACCCUCACGACACGCGCACGCAUACACACACACGCGCGCACACACUGACAACACCAGUCAGACACACACACACACACACACUCAGUGCCUGUCUGACUGCAGCAGCGGAGCUCCCCGGCAGCAGAAAUCCGGUCGGAGAGGAUUCCUUCCAUUUUUACGCGCAACUUUUGCUCCGGCGACUCGCGACUCUUGUGGAUUUUCUAAACAACCCCGUCUCUCCUCGGCAGUUUUGUUGCCCGACGGGACAACCAAGCGAGGUGUCAAGCAACCGAACCGGACUCGGAUCCCCCUGUCACCGGGGUUGCUUGUUGUCAUUUUCGCCCGGAGACGCGCGGACCGGAGCGCAGACGGAAGGGACUGUGACCAGUUUGUGGAUUCACUGAACUGGAAGAGGACCAGCGGUCCCACCAGGAUGGCCACGUGAGGACUCCUCCCCGGGGGAUUCCCACUGGAACCAGACUGAGCGCGUGCGGACCAACAGGUCUUGGCAUGAGAAAACCCGGAUGACUUUUGAAGAAGAAAGAGGAUCUUCAAGCACUUUUUCCGAAAGAAAAAUCACUCAAGGAUUCUUCUGUCUUUAGAUGAAUUGCACAGAAAAACAACACACAGCAACAUUAGUGUUUGCAAAAUGGCAAAAGGAGAGAAACAUUUCUGAUGUUAUCCACUAAACCUCCUCUUUCAUUUCCACUUCCUGAUUCCUGUUUCCAGCCUGGCUUUACAAUUACUCCAUUUCAGCGAUGGAUGGAUACUCCCUGUUCCUGUGAACUUCUCGGCAGCCGUCAAAGGUUCAGCUAUCAUGCCCGGUAGCUUAGGGACCUUGUAACCCUCCAGAACCCACCUUCCCAACUCCCCCACCACCCCCUCCCUCUUCUAGCCCACAGAAGAGGUUCACAAAAAUGGAGGCUCGUGAAUCAGCUGCCGCUGGGCAGAGAUGCCUAAACAAGGAAACAGUGAAGGGGAGAGCGUCUCUGCAGAGAAAGUGGGCGUCCGAGCCCUCUGCUACCACCAAACGAAGCACUUUUGCUGACCCGGAGGCAAAACAACGUGAGAGUUUGCCUUGCGGUGCCACGGGGGGAUCAGCACCCCACCAGAAGUACGCAAUUACAGGGAAUUCUGGGAAGCUGCUAUCUGGACCUUCUGCAGUUGGUGCCAUGGGAGGCCCGCCAUCUCAAGACCCGCAAGGGCCCUUUGUUCAGGGGUUCCCGAGGGGAUACUCCUACCAGCUCGGCCAACCGUACCCUCAGCACCCCCAAACCGAGCGCUUCCUCUCAGGAGCCAAACCCCAGCCGGGUCUAGAGCCUCAUGCCUGGCCAUUUGUAGGCCAAUUGCCCUCGGAUGACUUGUACCCUGUUGGACAUCCGGGGCACGCUCAUCCUCACGGAGCUGGGACAGGGAGGUUUCCCCGCCAGAAGUCUCCCAGUUUACCCAGCUCCUUCGGACAGUAUUCUCAGUCAGGCCCUGAGCCUGCGGAGGAGGGCUACAGCAAAAAAGAGCAGAAGCCGAAGAAGCCCGGUAAGUACAUCUGUCACUACUGUGGUCGAGCUUGUGCCAAGCCCAGCGUCUUGAAGAAGCACAUACGCUCACAUACUGGAGAGAGGCCAUAUCCUUGCGUACCCUGUGGCUUUUCCUUCAAAACCAAGAGCAACCUUUACAAGCAUCGCAAGUCCCACGCUCAUGCCAUCAAGGCUGGACUCGUACCUUUUUCAGAGCUAGCCGUGGCCCGCAGCGGGGACAUGGACCAGGCAUCUCCAGUGGGCGAGGCCGAGGUCCACUCAGAUGGAGAGCAGAGUACCGAUACAGAUGAGGAAGGUCUGGAGGGCUCCACCAUGCUGACAGACAAAGACAGCCCAAUACCGCGGAUCCCCUUUGAAGCUGACAAGAAUACAGGUGGUGUGGAACCAGCAUAUGCAGACUCAGCUGAAGAGCUCCUGGUGGGAUCUAUGAAAGUGCCUAUUCUUAUCGUCCCAAAGCUCGGGGGAGUCCCCCCCACAGGGAUGGAGUGCCCGCCCUUUCAUGACAUCAAGGGAUCACACCACAUGUUGGCAUCGCACGCUGGAAGAGCGCAUUCACUGGAUGACGCCCCGACAAUCAAGCAACGUUUGGCCCUGAGGCUGAAUGAGAAAAAAUGUCAGGACUCUGAAUCUGUCAUGUCGCAGUCCUUGAACCUCCUCAGUCCUCACAGCAAAGGCAGCACAGACUCUGGCUACUUUUCCCGCUCUGAGAGUGCAGAGCAGCAGAUCAGCCCUCCAAAUACUAAUGUCAAGACGUACGAAGAGAUUAUGUUUGGUCGGACUUGGUACUACCGACCCAACUCCAGAUCCAGGCAGUCUAUCACGGUGGGCAUGGCAGGUGCAGACCCCAGCUUGGCUAGCUUAAAACAACCAGGUGCUAUUCUGGACAUGGGGAAGAUAGCUGAGGAUCAUAUCUGUUUCAGAGGUGACGUAGGAGUCUCUGGAGAUCCCAAGCAGUAUCCAACAGGACCCUGUCAAAGCAGUACAGGGCUUCUGGAGCCUCCAUCAGAUUCUGGGACGCUCAUUAGGAGUAACUCCAUGCCCAACUCCUCUCCACCUAACCUCAGUGUCCCCUCUGCGAUUCGGGGCAGCCACUCCUUCGAUGAGAUGAUGUCGUCGGAUGAUGUCUUUUACCCACCGGGGCGUAGACUCAGAAGACAGGCUGCAUUUGAACAUUCAGGCAACGAAGCACACGUAGGAGAGGCCGAGGGCUAUGGACACAUGCCCAAGAAUCUAGCUUCAUCCCUGGGUAUGAAGUAUGGUGAGUGCAACCCAGGAGUCCCAGAGCACAUCGCCUACAGCCCAUAUGGUACGAAAGCUAGCAUGUCAGAAACAGCCACAAGAAAAAGGAGGAAAGAGAAGAGUGUUGGGGAUGAGGAGGACAGCCCUGGGCAUUGUGACAGUAGCUGUAGUGGUUCAGUGGAGAUGAUUGGGGACUAUGAGUUUAAACAAGGUAGUUUUGAUGGGUCAAGAGCCACCCCAACAGGGAAAGGCUCUCUUCAGAGCGCUCACAGCCAGUCGGACAGCUUUGAUACCUGUACCAGCAUGUGCUCUGAGGACAUUGCAUUGUUUCCUGACUCUGAGGGCAGGAAGGCAGCUGGGAAUGUCAUAUCAGUCAUCCAGCACACCAACUCCCUCAGCCGGCCAAAUUCUUUUGAGAAGUCAGAGUCCUUUGAGCAGCCAGGAUAUCAGCCUUCAGAUAAAGCUCUAUCCAGCCAGUACUCUGAACAGUCAGACACAGAUAUCUUUGAAGAUGCGCUGAGUCCUGAAUCUGCCCUCCUGAGGACAGAGAGCAUGGAGCAGCAGCUGCAAAGUGACAGUGACCUGGCCUCUCUCUCAUCUUCGUCAGCUGCAGCGUCACCUGGCCAGCCUUAUCCCAUCCCACACAAGCUAGUGCGACAACCCAACAUCCAAGUUCCUGAGAUCAGGGUGACGGAGGAGCCGGACAAGCCCGACAAAGAUACAGAAGCUCCAAUGAACAAGGAACCGGAGAAGCUGACGCAACAUGUGGAGGAGUUCCAGCUGCCACAGAGGAGUGACACACUCGCCCAGAUGCCAUCAGAAAAGCUCCCACCGAAGAAGAAGAGGCUGCGCCUGGCAGAUAUGGAGCAUUCAUCGGGGGAAUCGAGCUUUGAGUCCACCUGCACCAGCUUGUCUCGCAGCCCCAGUCAGGAGAGCAACCUGUCCCACUCAUCAUCCUUCUCCAUGUCCUUUGACAGAGACGAAGGUCUCAAAUCUGCCUCACCCACCAAACAGGACGACUCAUUGGCAUCUGGUGGUGGACCUAAGCAGUCGGAGUUCCUGACGGUACCUGGCAGUGGUCAUUCCAGCCACCACCAGCAGAGAGAGAUGAGGAGGUCUUCAUCGGAGCAGGCACCGUGCACGCUACCCACAGAGUUGCCUGAAAUGCGCAGCAAAUCCUUCGACUAUGGAAGCUUGUCCUCCUCCCGUCAGGGAGAGAUAUACUCCAGUGCCUCUGCAAUGAAGGAUCGCCGGCGUGGAUAUCUUGUCCGACAGGCUUCACUGAGUGUGUAUCCAGAGGCAGUCAUCCAGGAACCAGGAAGUGCUGAGAUGUCAAUCAAACAGGAGGUUCUGGAACAUGGGGCAUGGCCUGGCUCAACAGGAUCCCCCCACAGCAGCAGCGAUGUACCCAAUAGAACCAAGAGAGUUGGCAGUAGCACUGGUGGAUCUCACCACCAGCACUAUCAGCAUCACAUCCAGCAUAGUAUCAGUGAGGACAGCCUGCAGGACGAACCUCUCUUUAGCAGGUCCCAUCAGCAUCGCUUGCAGACCCAGGGCUCUUCCUCCGAGGGAGAAUAUCAAGGUCACGAGGUCAUGAAUAAGGAAGUAAUCCAGCAGUACCCGAGUGGUCCUCCCUUCCUUACCUACCAGCAACCCAGUCUGUUCUGGAGUCAGGAGUCCGGUCAGACACCCAGACAGCAUCUGACCCUCCAGGCCCAGCAGCAACUCCAAAAACUCCACAUCCGAUCACCAGGCUCCCAUCCUGGACACCCACUCCACAAACAACAACCACUUCACUCCCUGCAGCAAAUUCAUGAUCAGCAGCCACAUGAUGGAAAGUCAGACAAGCCGAGCUCUCAAAUGUUCCCGGCCUCUUUCUCACCUCGCAACUCUCCACUGUCCCAGCAACAACAACACUUUGCUUCUCUUUCCUCCAAGCACUCCCUGCCCAGUUCCACCUCUGCAUCUAUGCUUCUGCAGCAGGUCCAACCGGUCUUUGCCACCCAGAACCUGGGCUCCCAGUCUUCGCUGCCUGGUAUGCUGGUUCCUGUGCGGAUCCAAACCCAUAUGCCGUCAUAUGGUAGUGUUAUGUACACCAGUGUUAGCCAGCUGGUGGCUUCCGAUGGCAGUGGAGCACAGGGCUCAGCCAGGCCAGGCGGGGCUGACAACAGCAACAUGUCUCCUUCGGUUGCUGCUGGGAGAGUCAGCAAACCACCUGGAGGAAUAAGUGGGGCGGGCUUCAACCUAUCACACUUCCUCGGACACACUGAUGCUGCAGCACUGCGCUACCCACUCUGGAAUGCUCCUGAUUCACUACCAGAGCAACACCUAAACACAGGGAUCCCAUUGUCACUAACAUCCGGCACCAUAUCCACCACAGACGCCUCGGGAUCUGGUGUUGGAGGCAGCAAGCGCAUGCUUUCCCCCACCAGCUCUCUGGAGCUCUUCAUCGAGACCAAGCAGCAGAAGAGAGUGAAGGAGGAGAGGAUGUAUGGACAGAUUGUUCAGGAGAUGAGUGCGGUGGAGCUGAGUGGGGCCGAGGGCGGCAACAAGCCGGAGAAGGUGCAGGCCAGAAGUCGGCGAGCAUGUCUGAAGAGCGAGGGCUCCAUGGAUGACUCUGAAAGGAUGUCCUCAUCUCCACUCAGCGACUUCCCCAUUGCCACCAAGAUCAGCAUUCCCGUCCGGUCCUCGGCCCCCCACCUUUCUGAUGUUCCCCGGGCCGAGAGCUUCACUCCUCCUCUCCAGAUCGUCACUGACCGCUCCCCAGUUUCAGGGGGUCGGGACUCCCCAGAGGAGCUCGAUGUGGACGAUUCAGUCCCCGACCGCUGCUCCAGUCCCCAGUCGAUGGCGUCCUCCAACGAUGCAGAAGACACUGACGCCACAGAUCCGCAUGAGCCCAGUAAGAGCCCCGUCAGCAUGCUGGUCCAGCUCGCUGAAAACCAGAGCGCGGUAUUGCCUGCAGCAGUGGGUCAGACGCUGCUACUCACGGACGUGGCCGAAGUCCAGCAGUUCCUCCAGUUCCCGAGUCUGCGCACGACGAGCCGGGUCAGCUGGUGUUUCCUGAACUACACAAAGCCCAACAGCACCCAGACGUCCCCGCACAGCUCCGUCUACAACUCGUGGUGUGUGAGCUCAUACAACCCCAAUCCUCUGAAUCUCAGCACCAAGGCGGCGCUGGCCCUGCUGAGGUCCAAACAGAGGAGGAACACGGAGUCCAUGUACUCGACUGCGGCCAUGUCGCCACCCAGCUCUGGAAAGCUGGUGUCGUCCGUGGCCUGGAAGCUGAGGUUUGAUCAGCUGAAACCAGAGCUGAUGCCAGUUGAUGCCGGUAACUUCGGGAGGAAGAUGAAGGGAGUGGUGUCGUGGGAGCGUUCAAAGGAGGAGCAAGUGGAGAAGGAAGUCUCCGUCAAACAGCCCGCCAACGAACCCACCCGCAUUAAGAUCUUCGAAGGCGGGUACAAGUCCAACGAGGAAUACGUGUACGUCCGCGGUCGCGGUCGAGGGAAAUACAUCUGCGAGGAGUGCGGCAUCCGCUGCAAGAAGCCCAGCAUGCUGAAGAAGCACAUCCGCACGCACACCGACGUGCGGCCGUACGUCUGCAAGUUCUGCAACUUCGCCUUCAAGACAAAAGGAAACCUGACGAAGCACAUGAAAUCUAAGGCUCAUAUGAAGAAGUGUCUGGAGUUGGGAGUCUCCAUGUCUUCUUCUGUCGAGGACACGGAGGCGGACGAAGGAGAUGUCGGAGAGGAGGGCCAGAGGUCGGAGAAGAUGGCCCGGGGUUCCAUGGCGGAGCACCAGUUCUCCGACGCCGACGACUCGGACGGCGCCGAGGACGACGGCGACGAGGUGGACGACGACGACGACGAAGAGGACGACUUCGACGGCGACUCCACCCCGAGGACGCGCUCGCGCUCCACCAGCCCGCUGCCCUACGGCCCGCCCUCCAUGUCCAUCACGGCCGUGGCCUCCUCCUACCCGGCUCGCCACCCGGCGUGCGACCUCCUGGGCAACGCCAACAGGCCUCCGCUGUUCGGUUACUUCACCACCGUGCCGAGCAUCCAGAUCACCCCGCAGGCGGCGCCCGGCGACGCGGAGUACCGGCGAGGCCCGCACAGUGCGCUCGCCGGCGGGCUGCUGGCUCCGCCCGCCUCCUCCUCCUCCUCCUCCAUGGACGAUGACCUCCCCGCCCAGUCCCCGGACCUCUCCUCCCCGUCCUCUCGCCUGUCCUCGCCGGGGCUGGACCACUCCGGCUGCCCGUCCCCGAUCUCCCCUUCCUCCUCGCCUUCGGCCCGCCGGUACCUUUCCCCGCGCCGCGACCUCUCGCCGCGCGCCAGACACCUGUCGCCCCGGCGGGACCUUUCUCCUCUUCGUCACUUCUCGCCGAAGAGUGACCUGGCGGCGUCGGGGGGUUACAGGCGAGACCUCUCCCCCAGGAGGGGCCACCUCUCGCUGCUCUCCCCCCUCUCUCGGCCGGCGUCUCCGGCGGGGCGGGACUACAAGCGCGACCUCUCGCCGCGAGGUCGCCACCGGGCGAUGAUCCGGCCUGUUUCUCCUCGCCGAGGCCUCCACCAACACCUCCAUCACCAAGGCCAGCCGAGUGCGUCGCGGGUCCUCAGGACGGGUCACCAGGGCGGCGUGUCGGGUCCGGCGGAGCUGGGACGCCGCAGGACCAGCGCAGAGAUGGAGACGGAACAUUGUCUGGUCUCACCGUCGCCAGGGGAAUGGGACCAGCGUAACCAGUCCAGCCCACCUCACCAAGUCCUGUUCAGUCACCUUCCUCUUCACUCACAGCUCCAGGUGCGCUCGCCGUUCCCGAUGAGCCCCGUCGGAGGGAUCCAGAUGGUGCACUCCGGCCCCGCCUGCGUCACCUCCCCUCUGGGCCAGCAGGAGGCGCAGCAGAGCGCGCCCCCCCUGCUGCUGCAGAAGAGCACAUCGGAGGACUCCACCGCCAGCGAGGCCGCCUCCCCUCACGUCACCUCCUUCGCCGAGAGGGGAGUUCGAGGAGGAGGAGGAGGCGGCGAGAGGCUGAGGGAGUCGACUUCACCUCACCCCUCGUCGCAGGAGAGGGACGGAGGAGGGGUGAGGCAGGAGCAGCAGGAGGAGAGCAUCUACACCUGCACGAAGGCCAUCGCCUCCCUCUGCAUCGAGGAGGAGGAGCGAGGAGGAGGAGCCAGAACUUCUUCCUCUCCCUCCGCGUCGUCGUCCCACGGCGCUCAACAUCAGCAGCGCUCGCCUCCUUCUCCUCACCCUCCGCCAUCACCCCCGCAAGGUCCCGGGGGUCAGCACUUUAGCGGCCUGGAGGUCAGGCCUCACCACCCAUCGAUCCCCGCCUCCCCCUCUCUCUCCUCCUCCUGCUCCUCCUCCUCCUCCUCUCCUCACCCUCCCAGCCCCGCAUGGGAGACCCUGCCGCCUCCCUCGACCUCCAAACCUCUCAAGCUGGAGAGAGACGGAGGAGCGGAAAGCACAAAGAGGAGCAGAGACGUGUCGUAGGGAGGACACGAGGAGGAGAAACAGUCUUUAAGGAGGACACAAGGAGGAGAAAGGGUCCUAGGGAGGACACGAGGAGGAGAAACAGUCGUAGGGAGGUCACAAGGAGGAGAAACAGUCUUUAAGGAGGACACGAGGAGGAGAAAGGGUCCUAGUGAGGACACGAGGAGGAGAAAGGGUCCUAGUGAGGACACAAGGAGGAGAAAGGGUCUUUAAGGAGGACAUGAGGAGGCGAAAGGGUCCUAGGGAGGACACAAGGAGGAGAAAGGGUCCUAGUGAGGACACGAGGAGAAGAAAAGUCGGGUUUCAUUUUCGUUUUUUGGGGAUAUUUGGAAGGGAUGAAGUGCAACAGAGAGAAGAAACAUGACUUUUUGCACACUUGUACACACAUAUUCUUCUUCAGUUUAUACACACACACACACACACACACACACUCUCUCACACACACACACACACACACACACACACACACAUGAAAAACAUAUUGAAACACGGACUGCUGCCGGCAUGACGCCUGCACUCAUAUUUAAAGACUCCCCCCCCCCUCCCCCCCACCCCC